AAAACAUUCCCGGGAAAUCCGAGUUUCGCGUGAGGGCCCUUCGUUGAUAAACUGCAUCCCAUAAUUCACUUGUCAUUUUCAGGCAGCAGGAGUGGAUCUUGCGACCUAAUAAAAUCCGUUGCAUCGUCCCUGUUUUAGAAACGUAUCGUGUAUCAAAUUGUAACGAACGGGCAUGUAAGAUAUUAGUUUAACGAUAUCCCUGAUUAUAUAUAUAUUUUUUUUUCUCGAAUCGAUGCGGAUUUUGAAGAAGAAAAAAAAAGUGCUCCAAAGUAGCGGAGGGACAAAAGGACAUUCGCGCCUGAUGAUGAGAAAAGGGGGAGCCUCUGUCCCGGAGAAAGUCCUAAUUUCAGGGGUCGGGGGCUCCUCCAUGGACCAAAACCGCACAGUUCUGACCCAGUACGCCAAUGAUCAGAUCUUAACCCCUCCGCCCUGUCCGAACCAGACUAAUAAUGUCGGUGUCCCAGACUGGACCGAGAGUCCGCUAUACACUACUACCCCCAUCGGGGUGUCUACAGACGAGACCGGACAGCGACCACCCCUCGGAAGACACCCGACGAAGCGUCGGUUGGAGCUGGAGGAGAGUGAUCAACAGUACACCAGUGAGACGAACAGUGGCUCCAGAGCUAAGCGAGCCACCAGGCUCUCCCUCAGAGGACCCAAGACUCCCCCCUCCACGUUAGAGAAGACCAGGUAUGACACUUCUCUAGGCCUCCUGACCCAGAAGUUUGUCCAGCUGCUGGCCCAGUCCAGUGACGGGGUAGUGGACCUCAACCGGGCCGCGGAGUCCCUCAAGGUGAGGAAGAGGCGCCUCUAUGACAUCACCAACGUCCUGCAGGGGGUGCAUCUCAUCAAGAAGAAGUCUAAGAACAACAUCCAAUGGAUGGGCUCUAGCCUGUCUCCACAGGGAGUUGCCAGGGUCCAGACCCCUGGCUCUGUGGGUGAAGAGCUACUGGAGUUGGCCCAGGAGGAGAAGAGACUGGAUGAACUCCUACACAUCUCUACACGCAUCGUCCAACAGAUAACUGAAGACACACCCACAAGGAAGUUUGCAUACAUAUCGUAUGAGGAUGUGAAGAGGAUUCCUAGUCUCAAGGACCAGACGGUCAUUGUGGUCAAAGCCCCUGCUGAAACCAGACUAGAGGUGCAAGACCCUGCAGAGAGUCUCCAGGUCCACCUGAGCAGUACCCAGGGUCCAAUAGAAGUCUUCCUUUGCUCUGAUGACCACGCCACCUCCUCCACGCUGAACAACGUGGCACUGAAUGGAAAAGGACAUCCCUCUUCAUCGUAUGUCAACGGAAACUCCUCUUUGUCCGUCUUCAAGGUGUCACAGGGAUGUCGACCAGGAGCCCUUUGUCCCCCUCUCUCCCUCCAUCCUCUUUGAGGACGACUACAUGCUCAGCCUCGGGGAAGACAACUUGUUCUCCUACGACCUGGACGAGCUUCAACUGGAAGACCUGCUCUGUAACUGAGUGAAAUGGAAACUCGGCGGCCAUUUUGGGGUGUUUUGAUUUUGGAGCCAUGUUAUUGGCCCCAAUGUGGUCAUUUACAGUAUAAUGAACUGAUGUAUCCUAUAGCCCAGUGGUUUCAGCAGCCAUUUUGGAGCAAUGCUUUUUCUUGACAUCCUGGACUGGAUCGCUCAUAGAGAACCUGCUGUGUAAUUGACCUUGAAUGUGAAAAUACCUGUUCUUGGUAUAGAUGUGAAGGAAGUAAGCCUACGUUGCCAUCCGGACAAAUGUGGCAGGCCAGCACAAACACAAGCUGUCUAGGAGGGGGAGAAUUCUGUGGCUGAACGAACAGACAAACCCCUUCUCAAAGCCUGUCUUUCUGGUGAGACCUGCACUGACAGGCAAACCAACAUUCUCUAAACAAUCCCUCACUCCCCUUAGCAGACCGUUAUGUCUUCUUGAUGAACUGUUCUCGUCUGAACACACAGAUUGUCCCUAACAGAGAUGGGUUAUGGAUAUCAACCCCCUGGACACAGAUUCUUACCCAUAUCUUCCACUGUGUGACUUAUCUGUCAACCUGUGUUUAAUAAUGUGAUGUAGUGGACCCUACCCGGCCAUGUCCUGGUUCUCGGGUUCACCAGAAGCGAGCAGACCUCAUAUCUAGGCCCCAGGAUGGGGACGUCUGCCUGGGCGUCGAUGGUACCUGAGUCCCUUGGUCUUCCACAUGGAGCCUUCUGACCCAACACGGGGAAGAGACUCACUGGUAUUGUUAGGAUAACCAGAGUAUGUAGAGAUGGCCCUAGCAUCCCAAAUGGCACCCUAUUCCCUAUAUAGUGCACUACUUUUUUUUAUCAGGGCUCUGUUCAGAAGUAGUGCACUAUAUAGGGAAUGGGGUGCCAUUU